GUCUGUAUCAACUGUUCGACCUAUAGGCUACGCAUAACAUUUCUCAAUGACAUUUGAUUAGCAAAGGACUAUACCGUGUCAGGCUUUGACAAUGUAGACAAUGUAUUUUUUCCAAAAGAGUUUGUUUUGUAUUGGUAAACUUGACAGCACACCUUAAACUAUUAACCCUCGUGUUGUCUUCUCACCAUGUUUAAAUGUUUUUAUACUUCUAGUUUUAAGUCUCAUUUAGUGCUUUUAUAACACUCGCUUUUACCCAAAGUAGGGACAGCCAAACUAAGAUUCGAACAUUUGUCUAAACUGUUGAUGUUGAACUCACAGGCAUGCUGUCUGUAGAGAGGCUGAACUUGGGGAAGUGGGCGGGGUUUGGGUAUUUCCACACUAUGCAAUAGCGGCAGACCACACUCAUGAAGAACGAUCAGAAGUUGAAAAACGAAGGUGUAUGGCCUCAUUCAAUAUACACCGGGACGUGACGAUGGCAGGACAUGCGGAUCCCUCAGUACUUUUAUUUGACAUUCCUCCUGCUCAAAUCGAGACGUUAUGUAAGAUUAUGGACAGCGGAAUUGGUACUCUUGGGUGGAAAGGUUUGGCUGCGCGGAUCUUGCCCAGCUGGCUGGAUAUGCGAUGCACAGAAAUUAAGGAGGCCGCGGGAAAGAGCCCCACACAGGAGCUGCUGUGGACCUGGGCGCAGCAGAACAAAACGGUCGGGGAUCUUCUCCAGGUGCUGGAGGACAUGGGCCACCAGAGAGCGCUCAGCCUCUUCCAGUCUCCAGGUCACCAUCAACGUCUUCCAAAGCCACCUCCACCGUCCCUUGAAGUCCAAAAGCCCAAAUUUAAUUCUGAGGCUCACACUGAAAGCCUGUCUUGUGGUUUAAGUUCAGAUCCAGUUAUCACAGCAGGUAAUGGGGUCAGACGAAAUGUCACCUUUUCAGACAUUAUAGAAGGAACCGGAAAUUUCCACCAAGACAAGAGAAUAGGUGGCGAUGACUGGUCGGAUGUGUAUCGAGCAACAAAAGGAAGUGAAAUCCUAACUGUGAAGGUCUUCAAACAGGUGCAGACCACUUCGUGGAAAGUGCUCUGGGAGAAGUUCCGCAGAGAGAUGGAGGUCCUUCACCUCUUCCAGCAUCCUAACAUCCUGGAGAUGUAUGGUUGUUUUUCCGACGAGGAUCGCCAUAUCGCGGUUUACCCUUUCCUUUCCAAUGGCUCCCUUCAUGACAAACUUCAUAGUCAGGAUGCUGGGAAAGCUCUCUCGUGGCAAGAGCGCCUGGAAGUCAUUAGAGGCAUCGCGAAAGCUGUUCACCACCUGCAUAGCUCACAGCCUUGUGCCGUCAUCUGUGCUAACAUCAGCAGCGUCAAUAUUUUACUGGACGAACACCUUCAGCCGAAACUAACCAACUUCGGGAUGGCGCACCUCAGACCGCAUUCAGUUAAUCAGAGUUAUACUAUCACAAUGAAGACAAGUAUCCAUGGCGACCUGGGGUACCUCCCAGAGGAGUACAUCAGAGAUGGGAAGCUGUCUGUCAAACUGGAUGUAUACAGCUUUGGCAUGGUGGUGCUGGAGACCCUGACAGGACAGAAGGUCACGCAGGACAAGCCCAAACACAGACCCCUGAGGGCUAUGUUGGAUGAUGAGGCCGAGGAGGGGGGCGGUGUGGACGCCUGCCGGAGAUUCCUGGACUCCAGGGCAGGCCCAUGGCCCCACGCUGUGGCCCUGACUCUCCUCAGGCUGGGGAUGGAGUGCAGCUCCAGCAAAGCCCGCAACAGACCAACCAUGGAUAUGGUGCUACAGACUCUGAGCCAGCUUCUGCCUCUCCCCUGCCCCCCCGAGGAUCAGCCACGCACGCUGGACGACGGCAUGAUCCUCCCCAAAAACUCUCCCAGCCUGCCAGUGGAGGAUGACGAGACAUCCAGCCUUCCCCAGGGUGCCUGGCCAGGCGUGCGGCCCGACAGCCUCCCAGACUCUGCCUCCCCGUCUGGGCAGUCAGGCCCGUGCGAACGCAGCCAGUCAGAGGUUACGUUCCUGAGCUGCGCGGACCGUAGUGGCGGCGGUCGACGGCAGCGUGCCCCCUCUUUCCCAUCGCCACUUGCAGUGUCUGUGCACACGCUGCAGUCGGACUACGGUGGCUGCGGAAGCGAGCCGGCGCUGGACCUGUAUGGCAGCUGGCCCGUGCAGUGCAGCUGUGCGCCGGACACGGACGUCCAAGAGUGUGAGGACUGCAGAGCCAACGACUUCGGCCCCUUCCCCUCCCAUUUCUCUCAAGGAGCGGCCGGUGGUCCAGCAGAGAGCUACAUGGAGAACCCUGCCAAGCAAAGACUCUGCAACAAAAUCCACCAGUACAACCAAGGCCUUCUGUGCACAGAUGAGCUUCUGUCCAUCACCCCGUAAACCAACCAGCACACCUAUUCUGGGAUGAACAACCAAAACCCAACCACAGUUUCUCAGUCAUUUCAGGUGUUUCAUUGAAAUCUUAGAGCUGGUGACUGGCAAGUGACUUCAUACCUGAUGAUAACAUAAUGGUGUGAAGAAAAUAGACCCACAAAGAAGUCUGCGUAUUUAGGGACACAUACUCAGACGGUUCUUUGUUUGGCAUUAUUUUGUGUUAUGUGUUAAAAAUAUAUGUUGAUUAAUAAGCUAUAUAUUUGUCAUUCAGAUGUUCUCAUUUCAAAUAGAAAAUUAUAAUCAUUUAUAUGUUUUUACCAUAUUGUUUAUUACACCAGAAUUGUUUUAAUGUAUUUAUUAUUACAUUUCUCCUAUAUUUGUGGUUUUAUUUUGUAGUCCAAAAAUAUUUGCCUUUGUCAUAUAUUAUUGCUUUUUGUAAUAAAUAGCCUAUAUUCAGGUGAAAAUGUAA